CUUUCUCCUCCAGGACGGGGACCCUCCACGCGACUCUUCUCCGCUCUGUGAAAGGAGUAAGGGCCUGGGACUGGCAGACUGGAGGACUGAGCUUUUGGUCAGGCCCCUACAGUGACACAGAAUCUUCUGCUGAGUCUCAACUUUUCCUGGAAACAUGGAUCAUUCCCAGCACAUGGGGACAAGCCAUAUGGCCGACAACAGUACAACAAUGCCUUCUCACCACCACCACCACCCGACCUCUUCGGCCCACCACUCUCAUGGCGGGGGGAUGGAUGGCAUGAUGAUGUCUAUGACCUUCUACUUUGGCUUUACGAAUGUGGAACUGUUGUUUUCGGGUUUGGUGAUCAAUACAGCUGGAGAAAUGGCGGGAGCUUUUGUGGCUGUAUUCUUACUGGCGAUGUUCUAUGAGGGACUCAAGAUAGCCCGCGAGAGCCUGCUGCGCAAGUCCCAAGUCAGCAUCCGCUACAACUCCAUGCCUGUCCCCGGGCCGAACGGAACCAUCCUGAUGGAGACACACAAAACUGUUGGGCAGCAGAUGCUGAGCUUUCCUCACCUCCUGCAGACAGUGCUGCAUAUCAUCCAAGUGGUCAUCAGCUACUUCCUCAUGCUCAUCUUCAUGACCUACAAUGGGUACCUCUGCAUUGCAGUAGCAGCGGGUGCCGGCACAGGAUACUUUCUCUUCAGCUGGAAGAAGGCGGUGGUGGUGGACAUCACAGAGCAUUGCCAUUAACUUCCAACUCCAUGGUGCAGCCUUAUCGAUUGCAGUGGGAAGCAGUUCAAGACUGAAAGACAUGAUUCCUACUCCAAUCUUCCCUUCUUGCUCCUUAUUUCCUUACUUACACACAUACACACACACCUGCUCAACAGAGGUUUAGCUUCUAGUCUCUGAGCUAAGGUGGUAACCUUCCUGGUUUUUUUUCUUAAUGUGAUCUGAGAUUCCCUCAGACAAGAUUCCCUCAGAAUCUCUCCUCCCUAAUAAUCUUAGAUGCAAGUUACAUGUUCUUGUCCAAUCCAGGUAGCUUUUUAUUCAAGGAUUUGAUCAGCUGCUUCCUUUUUUAGUCUUUUGUUUUUAUUUUGUUAACAGACAGUUUGUGAAUUUGGUGGAUUUCUCCUGGGUCAGUGAUGGAAAGAGAUUAGCUUCAGGUAGGAUUGGUGGUAGCUGAGGGAUAUUCUUGCCCAACUAAACCCAGAACCGGAAUUUAACACUUGAAAGUGAGUUCCAGUCUUUGGAUUCGAUAAGUGUGAAAUCCAUCGCACCUUUCCCUAGGUGUGAUAUGUUGCACCAAAAUCUCUGUAGUGUGCAGAAAGGUGGUUUGAGACUAAACAAGGGGCUGAGCUUGCAAAAAUGUGCAUUCUUAUGUGGCUGACUCAUGAACUUAUGUUCCUACUUAAGGUUUUGAUUAAAAUGAACUUGUCAAUCAAAAAGAUGACAAUCACUUUGAGAAAAUAGAAAUAGAUAUUUUGGAAUAAAACCAUUGAUACUUUGACUUGGUACCUUGGAUUGUCACAGCUGAAUGAAACAAGAGUUUGACUCAUUUUCUUUUGUUGUAGUUUUUAUGCGUUGGCCUCUAAAUCAGUGAUUUUCAAACUUGAGCAUGCAUCAGAAUCACCUGGAGGACUUGUUAAAACACUAGUUUCCGGGCCUUAACCCAGAGCCCCCAAAUCGGCAUUUCUAACAAGUUCCCAGGUGAUGAUUCUGCUGAUGGUCAGGGGACCACACUUUGAAAAUCUCUGCUUUAAGCUAAGGAAGUGUCACCUGGUGCGGUGAGCUACCUGGUACUGGGCACAGGAAUCUGAACUGCUGGUGAUAGGUGGUAUGUCUAUGCUUAACUCCAUGUCUUAAUGCUGCUGGUCCAUACUUAAUCAUUCCAGAAAUAUCUAUUCAGCGCCAGCUGUGUGUAUAUCUGCCCAAGGGCUAUAGCCAAAGUAACUUUUAUCAGGCUGUAUGAAAUCACUAGUCUUUAUUUUUAAGGAUCUGUGGUUUCUUAGAAGAAGCUUGAAGAUUGUGGAAGACCUUUGGUCUGCAAUAUAAUAUCAUCUAGUCAUGGGUCAGAAGGGCAAAAGCCCAGCCCUCUCUUUGGAGAGGUUUAGGGUAUGGUGUGCUGAUGAUCAGAUUUUCCUCAGCCCCCGACAUCCGUGUCCACACCAGGCAGGUCCUCAUCUUCAACAUGACCAUCUUCGUUACCCUUGGGGGUUUCAUUAGAUCACUUGUGGCCAAAACCUCUUUUUUUCUAAUGAAGAACCACAUAGGAUUUUUGUUCUGUUGUCAGUUUACCCUGCAGUCUUGGUCCCCGUCCAAACUACCUGCAUGAAGUGACUCUUCCUGUGCUAGUCUGUUAAAUCCUGCCCUCCUUGGUGCUAGACUCCAAUUAUGCCUUGGGGCAGAGGAGACAAAACACAACUAUUCUGUUGGCCUCUGUUGUGGCUUUGAAGUUUGUACUUUCUCUGUGGGUGUCAGUUAAAUAUUGGAGAGCGAGGAGUAUGUACUUCUACAGCUUUAAACCAAGAAAGGGCUCUCAGCUUCCUGGAUGGAGGUAAAAUCUAAGAACCAAGAUUGAGUUUUGUGCUUUUCUCUCAUUCCAACCCCUUGUGCUGAUGCUUAGCAAGAGCAGAGUGAAUGGCAGGUAGCGACAGAGUCCAACAGGAAGGUGUAAAUAGCCUGUUAUUAUCUCAGAAGGCAAGGAAUAAUAAAACCAUGAGAAAAUUAGACUCCAUGUUUAAUGGUGACCCUGGUGCUCUCUGGAAAUCUUGGCAUGAGCUGCUAUAAAAUAUCCUUUUCAGAAACACCUUAUCUGUAAGGUAAGAGAAAUCAAGGCCAGUUAAGACAAAGUGCUGUGAGUUUGAAACUCAACAGAGAAACAUCAAUUUAGGCUGGGUCUUCAGGUAGUCAAGAUCCAGUGUCAUGAAAAACAGAAUUCCAGCAAUUCUUAGAUUAGGUUGCCAAGAAGCUAGUGAAGGAGAAAAAAUUUAAACCUUAAAUUCCAUCUUUCUUGAGCUCUUGGAUUGUGUUAAUAGAAUGAUUUCGUUGACUUUGUGUAUCCCUGUUGAGGAAUUUAGUGUCUGACUUCUUUGCUACUUUUGGAUCUAAAUUUCUGUUUCCUCCUUUCCUGCUCAACAUCUCUUAGAAGUUUGUAUCACCAUUUCUUUGGCUUUUCUUUCCCUUUCUGUCUUUGCAAGCUUUAAUCCCACGUAUCUAGUUUAUUAGUCUGCCUAGCCCUCCAAGGCAGAGGGCACUGCUGUGCAGUGGAUCUAGGUACUGAUUGCAAGCUGUAAGGCUGCAGAGACCCUGAAGCGCGCUUUGAGGAGAAAUUGUCCUGCCAGAAUUUCUAUAAAGCUGAGUAAACGGCCACCUACUAGGACCUCCCACAGAGUCCCAGGACCUUAGGUGCUGUCUCCAGUCUGUGUUGGAGAACACUUAGCCCCUUGUUCUCGAACAGGGAAUCCUCUGUGUCCAACAGUGAAUUAAAAAUUAAGGUUUCUUCACUACUUCUAUGGUAGGGCUGUCUGGAAUUCUAUUUCAAACCGUGAGGUUCUGGGCUUGGGCUCUAACCACACGGAGUUUCCUCCAAGGAGCUGGAAGGGGAGGAGGCAGGGGUUACACGUUCAUGUCCUUUAAUUUUGAUCUGCUCUCUCUAGCUGCUUCUUUCAGAAGAUAUAUCUAAAGAUACAAAGUCUGCAUUUGAUAUAAUGCCUUAAUCACUGAGUCUACAAUUAAUGUUGACCGUUUUAGAUUGUAAGCUCCUGGAGAGCAGUAUUGCUGUAGUAGGAAUGUUUUAACAGUGUCAUAUGUAAAAGAACAAAAUAAAUAUUUUGAUUUUGUGAUUCUA